CCUGCCCUCCCGCAGGGCAGCGCGGAGCUGUUGAUACCUACAUUGCUCCUGGCAAAGCAGCGACCGACGGCGGGGCAGCGGCGGCCAAGAGAUCCCGAGGCGGCGAUGGCCAAAGCGGAGAUCGCGAUGACGCCCUUACAGCAGUGGGGAGAAGAGGCUGAAGAUGGAGCCAUCUAUAGCAUCAUCCUUGAGCGAGUGAAGGCAGAGCCUGCAGCCAGAGGAACAUCUUCCUUGAAGAAGCAUCCAGAAACAUCAGAAUGUCCUUUUGUCCAGUAUCGUACUUGCAAGAGGCGUACAUUGCGGGCUGCCACACUCCCUCAGCUAGUGAAAUGGCUGCUGACAGCCAACAAGGAGGGUGACCUCAACUACACAUCUAGCUUCCUGGCUACCUAUCAAGCCUUUGCUACUCUCAUGCAGGUGUUGGAGUUGCUGCUGCCUCUUGGACCAGACAAGGCUGUACUCCUUGUAUUGGAACAGUGGCUACGGCAGCACCCUCAGGAUUUCUGGGAACCUCCAGAGUAUCCUAAUCUGCACAAAAUCUUGUGUUUUCUUCAUCAAUCUGCUCCUAACUCCCCAGUGUGUGCUUUGGCAAUGGGAUUGCUACAAGCCCACAAAGAAAAGGAGGCAUAUGGAGGCAAUUCUUCAGGGAUGAGACCAUCACAGGUGAUCACAGAGGCAGCUGAGACAGAUAACUGUGAGGAGACACCAGCACUGAUGUCCUUCUCUGUGGAUGAAGUGGCCGAACAGCUGACACUGAUGGAUGCUCACCUGUUUAGAGCAGUGCUACCCUUCCACUGCCUUGGCUGCAUUUGGUCCCAGCGAGACAAGAAGGAGAAUCAGCACAUGGCUCCUAGUGUCCGUGCUACUGUGACCCAGUUUAAUGCAGUCACCAGCUGUGUCAUCACAUCUGUGCUGGGGGAUGUGGCUAUGCGCAUUCCCCAGCGUGCAUACCUGCUGGAGAAAUGGAUCCAAAUUGCUGGACAAUGCCGAGCCUUAAGGAAUUUCUCCUCACUGUAUGCCAUCCUCUCUGCUCUCCAGUCCAACUCUAUUUACCGAUUAAAGCGCACCUGGGCUGCAGUCAACAGAGACACCAGAAGCUCCUUUCGGAAGCUCUCACAGAUCUUCUCCGAAGACCACAAUCAUCUGAACUGCCGAGAAAUCUUACUGCAGGAAGGAGAUACUCAGGGUCCUUGUGAUGGAUGGAGAAAUCAUCAAACACCAGUCAGGACUUCUCUGAAGACUCCUACCAUCCCAUACCUUGGCACCUUUUUAACUGAUCUGAUCAUGUUGGAUACAGCACUGCCAGAUUUUGUGGAGGGCCAGCUCAUUAACUUUGAGAAGAGGCGCAAGGAAGCAGCAAUCCUCUUCUGCAUCUGUCAUCUGCAACAGUCCUGUCAGGGAUACAAUUUUUGCCAGAAUCCAUCCUUCCACUUGGCCUUCCAUCACCAGCGGCAGCUUACUGAAGACCAGAGCUACUACAUUUCUUGUAUGAUAGAGCCACCAGCUGACUCCUGUCCCAACUCACCAAAGCUGCAUCGCAGUCUGACCAAACGAUUUAGCUCACUCCUCUUGAACUCAGAACCUGCAACUCCUUCUGGGUCUGAAAAGACUGGAACUAUGCCAUUGGGUUCUUCUAGUAGCCUUAACUCUGAAGAUGGAUCCAGUGUCCCUUCCUCCCCGACAUGGGUAUCUCCUGGGGUCAAGGAUCCACCUGUAACUCAGUGGAAAACCUGCCCUCUGCAUGAGCAGCCUGUGUCACCUUCCAUCUCUAAACAGGGAGAAACAGAAUCUCGCAUUGUCCGUGUCCAUAUGAACAAUAUCUCUGGAAAUGGAAACCUUUAUCGCAGCAUUCUGAUCACUAGCCAGGAUAAGACCACAGCUGUGGUACAGCGGGCUUUGCAGAAACACAAACUGGAAGAGGACUCACCAUGCAACUACCAACUUCUGCAACUUCUGGGGGAUGGUCAAGAGCUGCUGAUUCCUGACAGUGCAAAUGUUUUCUAUGCCAUGAAUCCUGCUGAACCCCAUGACUUCUUCCUGCUCCAGAAAAAGGGAAUCACCAGCGAACCACACUUGAGGAUAAAGCCUGGGAGCAAAGCUGCUCUUUUCCACAUUCCCUCUCUCAAAGAUUUUAGCACCAGUGCCCUUGCUGCCAAUUCAUGCUUCAUAUUUUCACAUAGUGCACCAAAUAGCCCAGUUUCCCCUUCUCCAUCACUUCCUGCUGAGGAUCCAAACUUUAGAUCAUGUCUUUCAACACACCCAUUUCCAGCUCCUUCCUCCUGGUUCCUGAAAAAUCAGUCAGCAAUAGCCACCCCUGAUUCUCCUCCUCCCUGUCUGUCUCUUCCUCAACACCCACUUCCCUUGGAAACCAAGAGCCCAGUUCCCCCUCAUAUUGUGCAGAAAUGGCUGGCACCUCCUUCUGUACCACAAUCACCUUCUUAUGCCUCCAAGAAGACAUCAUUUUGGCCAGAGUCCCCACCAACUUCUCCUCUAGAAAUCCAGCAUAAUCAAGGGUUGAACAGCAUAGGAACAGAUCUUCAAAGCCAGAGAUAGCUUGUCUGAUUAUAACACAUGCAAGAAGCUAAGGAACCAAAGAACCCGUGAAAGAUUGUAAUUAUUCUGAACUGGUCAUCUGUGGGAUCCUGCUUUGUCUACUCCUGGGACAUCUACAGCCAUACUUCCAAAAGAUCAUCAAUUC